GAAAAUUAAACUAUCGUAAUGGUGGUGUGAUUGUAGUAAACGAUUGACUGAAUGCUUCUAUUUUUAUUUGUAUUUUGUAGAUAAUUAUUAUUAAGCGUACUAAAAUAGUGUUCAGGCUGCGGCCCUAUCAUGCUUUAUGUCGCAAUCAGCUAAAAUAACAGUUUUGGCAGAAGAAGGUGGAAAUCAGGGUAGAAAACGUACACAUAACAGCGACCUGUGUUCUAAAACAGACGAUAUGAGUGCUAGUGAAAAGAAAUCGAACUUUUCCAUGUUGACUACGAAUUCCAAUGGAGCCGUUAAGACGACGUUGCCAACUAUGCAGUCCAAGCCCGGAGCGACGACGAAGAAGUUGAUAAUUAAGAAUUUUAAAAGCAAGCCAAAGUUGCCGGAGAACUACCAGGAGACGACAUGGGGCAAGCUGCGGGAGGCAGUGGUGGCGAUCCAGACGUCGACGGCCAUCGCCUACUCGCUGGAGGAGCUGUACCAGGCGGUGGAGAAUAUGUGCAGCCACAAGAUGGCAUCCCAACUAUAUGUAAACCUAACAAACCUAGUAGAAGCUCAUGUGAAAGCAAACAUUGAACAGUUCCUUUCUGAGAGCAUGGACCGACAGGUGUUCCUCAAGCGCAUGGAUGACUGCUGGCGGGCGCAUUGCCGACAGAUGAUCAUGAUCCGGAGUAUCUUCCUUUAUCUAGAUAGAACUUAUGUUUUGCAGAAUCCUAGUAUACAUUCAAUUUGGGACAUGGGUCUAGACCUAUUCCGUCACCACAUCGCAAUGAACACACUGAUACAAACUCGCACAGUCGACGGCCUGUUGUUGCUGAUCGAGCGCGAGCGAGGUGGUGAUGCAGUGGACAUCUCGCUGCUCAAGAGUCUGCUGCGGAUGCUGUCAGACCUGCAGAUAUACCAGGACGCGUUCGAACACAAGUUCCUCCAAGCCACAGAGCGUCUAUACGCCGCAGAAGGCCAACGUCUUGUGCGAGAGCUGGCCGUACCCUCGUACUUAGCGCACGUGGAAAAACGACUGCGGGAGGAGAACGAACGGUUGUUACACUAUUUGGACCCCUCUACCAAAUGGCAACUAAUACACACGAUAGAACGUAUGCUGCUCAGCGAACACUUAACCGCUAUCCUCAGCAAAGGCCUGGAGGAUCUCAUGGACGGUCCAAGGCACUCCGACCUUACCACCCUGUAUAAUCUAUUCAGCCGAGUUAAAGACGGCUUGAAUGAGCUCUGUAGCCAUUUCAAUGCUUAUAUUAAGAAAAAAGGUCGCACGAUAGUGAUCGAGCCGGAGCGUGACAAGAGCAUGGUGGGCGAGCUGCUGGACUUCAAGGAGCAGCUGGACCACGUGGUGGCCUCGUGCUUCCUGCGGAACGACAAGUUCCUCUACUCCAUGCGGGAGGCCUUCGAGUUCUUCAUCAACCAGCGCCAGAACAAGCCCGCUGAACUUAUUGCCAAAUUCGUGGACGUGAAACUGCGCGCGGGCAACAAGGAAGCGACGGAAGAGGAACUAGAGAGGCUGCUGGACAAGAUCAUGGUGCUGUUCCGGUUCAUCCACGGCAAGGAUGUGUUCGAGGCGUUCUACAAGAAGGACCUGGCCAAGAGGUUGUUGGUUGGUAAAUCAGCUUCAGUGGACGCCGAGAAGUCGAUGCUGAGCAAACUGAAGCAGGAGUGUGGCGGCGGAUUCACCUGCAAGUUGGAGGGCAUGUUCAAAGAUAUGGAGCUCUCCAAAGACAUCAAUAUUACUUAUAAACAGCACCUAGCGGGCACACCCGACAACAGCGGCCUGGAGCUGUCCGUGUACAUCCUGACCAUGGGCUUCUGGCCCACAUACGGCACGGCGGAGGCGCGGCUGCCCGCCGCGCUGACGCGCCAGCAGGACCACUUCACCAAGUUCUACCUCGGCAAGCACUCGGGCCGCAAGCUCACGUGGCAGCCCAUGCUGGGACACUGUGUGCUCAGAGCGCACUUCGCACAGGGUAACAAAGAAUUACAAGUAUCGCUGUUCCAAGCUCUAGUGUUGCUACUCUUCAAUGAAGGUGACAACUUAUCUUUCGAAGAAAUCAAGGCGGCUACAAAUAUUGAGGAAGGCGAGCUCCGUCGGACGUUACAGUCCCUAGCGUGCGGGAAGGCGCGCGUGCUGAGCAAGGCGCCGCGCGGCCGGGAGGUUAAAGACAACGACCACUUCGCCUUCAACAACGACUUCACCAACAAGCUGUUCCGCAUCAAGAUCAACCAGAUACAGAUGAAGGAGACUAGCGAAGAGCAGAAGGCGACAGAAGAGCGCGUGUUCCAGGACCGGCAGUACCAGAUCGACGCGGCCAUCGUGCGCGUCAUGAAGAUGCGCAAGGCGCUCUCGCACAACCUGCUCAUCUCCGAGCUCUACAACCAACUUAAGUUCCCCGUCAAGCCCGCGGACCUGAAGAAGCGCAUCGAGUCGCUGAUCGACCGCGACUACAUGGAGCGAGACAAGGACAACCCCAACCAGUACAACUACGUCGCGUAACGCGCAACACCACGCUUAUUUAUUAGUAUUUAUUUACAAGCACGGUGGC